AUGUCCCGACCAACUACACCAGUAUCACAGAUAAAGUACAACUUUGGGCAUCAGAGUUCCAGCAGUUUGGAUUUUUCAGGAGAUGGGAGCGAUAAGAUAAUCUGUGACACUAUUGCACUAUCAACUGGUAAGGUUCAUCGAUUACUGGAUGAGAAACUAAAAGAAUUAAGAAAAUAUGGCAAGAAAUUGAACUUGGAAGCUUACAAACAGGAAGGACCAACCACGCAAAAAAAGAUGAAAAGAGAGAUUGUUUGGCAAGAUAAUAAUAUUAAAGCAAUGAUAAACGAUACUCACAAGAAAACAGCCUUGGAAAAAGCUAAAACAUUCAAGAAAAUAGAAUCAACAGAUUUUAAAAAAUCUUCGGUCUCAUCAUCAUCAGAAUCUACACUAGUAGAAGGGGUGUCAUUUGAAACCUCUUUGGGUGAUCAAGAAGGGGGGAAUAUGAAGCACCCCAGCCACUGUCUGACCCCUGACUCUAACAUUCUUGGAUCUCGUAAGAGAAAGCGGUUAUUUGAAGAAACGGUCAACACAGAGGAUAAAGAUAUAGAGCUUUCGUGGUCCACAAAGAGAAAGAAGGUAUUUGGGGAUUCGAAAGUGUUUCUUGCAACUUCUAUUCUAUCCUGUGCGUAUGGUGUUUGUUCUAAAGCUUUGGAACUAUAUGGAAAAAGGUAA